UAAUAACACAACGGAAAAGACAAGGCGCUCAAGAGGAAUUCACUAUAUCGGUCGACGUGGAGGCGCGCUGACAUCGUCUCGGGGCCCAUCGUCACUUCACUCGUUUGUUCUACUGCCGGACGCAUAGACUAAUUCGCCGCCUCCGUCUCCAGAAGGGAGCUCGAGUACGACCAACCGAAGUCCCACUAGAGGUACACGCAGCCAGAACCAAGUCAAAAACGUAGACGAGACCGGUGAAUAAAAGGCUCUUCUUACAUACAGACGCCUCCAAGAUGCUUCUCCCCAAGGGCGGCGUGACAUGGAAAUCGGCAAAGGCCCACCUGCCACCAUGGAAGGCGGUGCUCAUGCUUAUUUCAAAACUCCGGUUUAUCAUCUCCAUUGCCGCUGCGGGGCUGGUUGUACUGCUCUGGGGCGGCGUUAGUCGGUCCACGGCGGAGAUGCAGAGAUAUUACUGCUUCGGCCCAUCAAAACCUCCAAACCACAUGUCCGCCAACGAAAUGGUAGACUGGCACUCCCAUCUCCAAACCCCCGUCAUCUUCAACCACCACGAACCAUACGAAGUAAACAACACCUCCAUCCAAAACAUCAACCUGAACCUCGUCAAAGCUACCCCAAAAGCGGCCGCAAUGGAAGAACGUGUCCUGAUUCUCACGCCGCUACGCAAUGCCGCUAGACACCUGGAUAAAUACUUUGACUUGCUCUCUAUGCUCACCUAUCCACACCAUCUGAUCGAUAUAGCCUUCUUGGUCAGUGAUAGCAAUGACGAGACGCUAGCUGAUCUGGCUGCGAACCUGAACCGCGUGCAGUCGAUGCCAGACAACAUUCCAUUCCGCAGUGCGAUGGUUGUAGAGAAGGACUUCGGCGCCACUUUGGAUAUGGAUGUCAAUGCGAAGCAUGGAUACGAAGCCCAGGCUCCCAGACGGAAGAUGAUGGGUAAAGCGAGGAAUUUCUUGCUGGCCACGGCAUUGAAGCCCGAGCAUUCUUGGGUCUACUGGAGAGAUGUCGAUAUUGCCGAUAGUCCGCCCAAGAUCAUUGAGGACUUUGUCGCGCAUAACAAGGAUAUCCUUGUUCCAAGUACGUUUUACUCCUCCCUAUUUUGGCUGUGGUGGAUACGUGUUUACUAACCAUGUUAUAGAUGUAUGGUUUCAUCGAUAUGUCGACGGCCAUGAUAUCGAAGGAAGAUGUAAGUCGUCUACCCGUACUCCUCAACGUUGGCCCUCUUCAAUGCUAAUUACUCUUCACUAGUUGACUACAACUCCUGGGUAGAAUCAGACAAGGCCCGAAAGCUAGCUGCGACCUUGGACAAAGAUACCAUCAUCGUCGAAGGAUACCGAGAAUUCGACACCGGACGCCGCCACAUGGCUAGAGAAGGUGACUGGAGGAAAAACAAGGACGAGGAACUCGAAUUGGAUGGAAUUGGCGGUGUCAACAUCGUCGUCAAAGCUGAUGUUCACCGGGCAGGUUCGUUCUCUACACCCAUCUCUCUAACUUAACUUAAUGCAAAUAUUUGUCUAACGCCACCAUCGCAGGCAUCAACUUCCCCUCAUACGCCUUUGAGAACCAAGCUGAAACCGAAGGGUUCGCUAAGAUGGCCAAGCGGGCUGGAUACCAAGUCGUCGGUCUACCGAACUACGUCGUCUGGCAUCACGAUACUGAAGAAAAGCCUGGGAACGUCUAAUCCAAAACAAAAACUCCCCUCCCUCUCAUCCUCCGCCACGCACUAUUUCCUCUCAACACAUUAAUGACAUCCCCGGUGCCACAACGUGGCUCCUACUCCCAUGACAAUUCUUCACUUGCAUACUGCGACAAAUACCAAAAGCCACGUUUUAAUCGCAUACGUACACCCCUUCUAAGCGGCCAGCUCACGCAAAGAACCGCUCUUCCACUUCCCACUUCUUAUCUAUAGACUAACACCUGUCCACUUACCCUGCCUUACCAUACCUUCGGUCAAUGAUUUCGCUAUGUCUUUGCUCAUGUUUGGUUGCUUUGAUUUCCUUUCUUUUCGCUCUGUAUUAUCUUCUAUUUCAUCUCGUUUUCUCUUCCCGUUCAGGUCUCUUUUCUCUUGGACCGAAAGAAACAUGCUGUCUAAGCUAAGCGUACCAGAUACUCGGACCUACCAACUUCAAUGUCAACACUGCGUCCGGGUCCUGCGGCCGUAUUGCUUUGCCCGUACAUUUGUCUGAGGUUCAACCAACCAACUAUAUCCCGUUCCCGUGCAGGAAACCAACCCCCCGUUUCUUUUUGUUUUUUUUUUUUUUUUUU